CAGAGUCGGAUCCCUCCGAAGCUUCGUUUUCCCUGAGCCCCUUUCCUUUGGCUCUGCCCUGGAUCCUCCCCAGCCAGGCGGAGAGGAAGCCGUCCCCCCCUACCCCGCCCGGGGAACAUCUGGGCGGCUGCGCCGUCAACAUCUGGGCGCAUCCCCCGGCGGCCGCAGCUGGAGGGUCCCGGGACGGAGCGAAGCCCCUUGGAAGGGGCGAGGGGCUGCGGGGCAGCCGGAGGAGGAGGCUGCGAGGGAGCAGGGAGGGAGAUAUCACCUAACAGAAAAACAUGGGCAAUUUCAAAGGACAUGCCCUCCCUGGAAGCUUUUUCCUUCUUUUUGGCUUGUGGUGGUCAGUGAAGUAUCCCCUGAAAUACGCGUGUCGAAAAAACAAGAACGCUUGCUACCUUGGUUCCAGGGCAGGAUUUCAGCGCCUGGAAUUUGUUGAGGGGAUUAUCAAAGGUGUCUUUGCCUUGAUUGGAAUGGUGGCUGAGCAGUUUGUUCCCGAUGGACCUCAUCUGAAGUUGUAUAAUUAUGAGGAAAAGCACUGGGAUCACUUGAUGAAUUGGCAACAUGCCACGAUGUACCUUUUCUAUGGCAUUUCAGGGUUGGUUGACAUUGUGGCUCACGGGACCAAUGCAUUACCAGUGGCCAUGGACAGGAUGAUGCUUUCCUUAGCAGUGUUUAUUGAAGGUUUCCUCUUUUGCUACCAUCUUCAUGGGAGAGCCAUGCUGGAUGUUCAUGUUCAUCAGUUAUUGCUAUUUGCUAUCUUUGGCGCUGCUGUUUGCAUAUUUCUGGAAGUUUUUUUCCGUGGCAGUAUUGUGCUAGAGAUGCUUCGUACAAGCCUCUGCAUAUUACAAGGCAGCUGGUUCUGGCAGAUUGGUUUUGUGCUUUAUCCUCCAAAUGGGAGCCCAGAGUGGAAUCAGAUGGAUCAUACUAAUGUGAUGUUCCUGACCAUGUGCUAUUGCUGGCAUUACGCCUUUGCUUUUCUUAUACUUGGAGUGAAUUACACAAUUGUCAGCUGGGCAGUUCGUUCAAAGGUUAAACAGUCCCAGUCCAUGGAAAUAGGAUUACUGAAAACAUCUGAACGAGAUCAAGAGUCAGAAGAAGAAAUCUAGUAUGAGUAUGGCUUGCCUAGUUUACCUGCUCUACCAUUAGGCUAACUGAUACCUCAUUUCUAGAUUUGUUUGACAUCUUAUUCAUUCUUUACUACAACUUGCUAUGCAAAUAUCAUCCGCUGAGCACUGUCUACAUCUACUCAGUUACAUCUUAUUUGCGAAGGAUAAGUUUAGUGUCGAUACGUGGUUAUGGUUUUACUAGUGCCUUGUUUAUCACAUUCUUCAGAGAAAACCGAACUAAUAUUAGACAGACGUGGACUGAGUAAGGUGGCAUGAUGAAGACUGUGUGCUUGCCUCAUUAAAAGAUAAGAAAAAUGUUUUUCAGCUGCUGCUGAACAGACUGCUACAUUUUCAUAAUUAAGAUGUCCAACUAAGUGUGUUCAUUGCCCUGCAAGUAACUGCAUAAAUAACUGUGCAGCCCUGGAAAACAGUACAAGAUAAAAAAGUCAGUCUUGCAUCUGUCUUGUAUGUCACCUUGAUGUGUCUGCUUGUGGCUUCAUGUUAAAUGGAAAGAAACACUCACUGCAAAGCCAUUCAGUGUUUCCUUGAAGAGUGUGUAACGUGUUCACUCCUGCAGAGACACUGCCAAGCACGUUAGAAGGACGAAAACAGUGUAUGAUGACCAAACGCCACUGCAGUUAUUCAUUCUCCUGCCUAGAUAGUGCUGCCUCUUUGCUGUCGUUUGACUUUGGAAGACAGUGGAACGAGUCUGCUUUCCCUCAGAAUUCGGAGUACUUCCCUCUGUAUUUUUUCAGUGUGAACCAGAAAAAUGAGUAGCAUAAAAUAAUUAAUUGCGGUAAGCUGAUUCCUUAAAAAGAAAGGCAGUAAAAUAAUUAGUAGUUCAAGGAGAUCCCAUAACUCAGAAAAAAAAAAAAUUAAAGGCUUUCUCUAAGGCUCUUUGACCUUCAACAUACAUACUCACUUCAGGUUUAGGACUCAGUUUUUACCUUCUCUUUUUCAAGGAGUACCUUCUUUAGCUGCAUGUGCUGUUAUGCUGGAUUUUAGACCACCAGGCUUAUCCAUGUCUUUUCAAAAUCAGUGAGGUCAUUUAUUCUGAAGAAGAUAUUCAGAAAGUACUUUACUUCUCUCAGGCAGGAAUAAUGCAAAUUUCUUCACUGCUCCUCUUGAUAAACUGUAUCUAAUACUGUACAAAUAUUAAGGUGCUGUAUCUCUAAACUGAAGGAUAAUCUACGCAGGAAGAAAAGUAAGGUAAACUGGCUAAGCUUUUAUAUGUCUUCUUAGAAGACUUUGGUUGGUAAUUUUUAAAAAUUAUUUUAGAUCUUUACCAAGUAUCGUGAAGUGACGCCUGUAACCAAGUGUCAGAUUAUCCAGAUGAAUCUACUUUGGGAAGCAAGAUUAGUUGGCUUACAGUCUUUUCUAUGUUUAGAAGUGCAAAAUGGGAAGCUGCAGGUGAACAGCCAAAGAUCACCACUUUUCUUAAUAACUGCCCUUCUUCAAUGCCUUUCUCUGAAGGGCCUUGGAGAUUUUGGCAAACUAUACUCAAGUCUGGCUCAGGACAUUCCUGUGAGCUAGAUGGCAUUUUUGUAGCUCUGUGUCUCAGUUUUGCAAUGGUGUCACCGUAAACUCUGAAUUGAUUGAUAUUUAUUCCACUCUGCAAAUCUAAGACUUGAGUUUCAUUAGUGUGGUCUGAUUAAAAUCAGAUUUUAUGUUGACAUAAGCCAGAAGAAAGAUCCACAGUGUUGUUGAGGAGCUUGUCUUUUAAUUGAAGCAGGGAUACACUGACCAAAUGCGACAUCUUUACACCCAGCUAUAACCUUGCCUUCAGCGCACCACAACACUCUUGUCACAAGAUUGCUGGGAUUUUUUUAAAGGGCAGACUUUUUUUCCUGUUUGCAUGAUUGGUGUAUAAAGCUUCCGCCAGGCAAUGAAGACAAUGGUUAUGUAUUGAAGAGAACUUCGGGAUUAUUGCAAAAGUCUGUCGUGAUAAGCCAAAAUCAGAUGACAAAGCGACUCUCAUGGGAUUCAAUAACCUGAGUGAGCUGUGAAUGCAAAGGAUGCUUAGCAAACUCUCCUUUUGAAAAAAAAAAUAUUUUUCAGAAACAAAAUGUCCCAAUACACAAAUGCAAUGACUAGAAGAGUGGCCGCCUGACAUCGUUCCUCCUGUGAAGCUCUCAACCUGGCGGCUCUGGCUCAGUGCUUUCCUGCACCAAGGCACUAGCCCAGAAGUGCCUGUAGGUCACUUGGGAAAAAACCUGAGCAGAACUUAUCUUGCUGAGAUGUAUCAACUGUAUCUCCCUCUGUCUCCUUGUUGUGAAUCUCCUGUAAAUUAUCAAAUAACUGGAUAAAUAAGCCCAUCAGACAUAUCUGCUGCUUCUUGUGCAGUCAUGCUUAGCAAAGAUGCCUUUAAAGAAGCCCAACCUGGAGGUUGAUGCAGUCUGUGACAAAGAACUGUAGGGCAGGCUUCUUAUAGAAACUCUCUUUGCAUACGAGAAAGUGGCAUUGCAUUAUUAAGCUUGAAGAAAUGCGAAGAAAAUCAGAUCCUGACGACUCAAAGAAACAGUAGUCUCCUGGAUUUAACUUUUAAUACAUAGAGUAAAUGUAGAGUACAUCUCAUAGUGGGGUUUUGUGUCUGGUGUAUUCUUGGUGCCACAAAGGAAAGAAAUACUCCUUCUCAGGGUAGGGUUUUGCUACACAGGACACCUGACCCGUUCUUCUCAAGCAUUGUUCAAAGGAGAUGCUCAGGAACACUAAGGUGCCUAUUACAAUGAAAAAAGUGCGACCUUCAAUGUUUCACUAGCAACAGAUUUUGCUCAAGUUGAAUGAGUGGAGGGAAGUCUGACAAGUUUACAAAUGCCACUCAGAAAAAGGUAGCUGCUCUCAAGAAAAUUUAAAUUAUUGUUAAAUAUCGGUGCCUUUGAAAAACUGUAUGGUAGUUUAAAAUAGACAAGAUAUGCUUGUAAUUUUAUUUAAAU